CUCUUGAAGUAAGGAUUCAGUUCACCUCCGUCUCUGACUCCCAAUCCACAACAGCAAAAGCUAAGAUUCUUUCUUGACAUGAUGAUCAGUUUUUCGCAACCUGUUUGCAGAGUACCGAGUUCACUAAUCCCUGUUUCCUAUGUGAGUUCUUCUUAUUUCUUGCAAAAUCUUCCAAAAGACCCAUGUAGAGGAGGCAAAGAUUUCGACUUCACAGAAAAAACAAGACUUGGUGGUUGCAAGAGGAAAAGGAGGGUAGUUUGUGGUGCUGGUUUGAUGUUUCCAGUUGAUCCAUGGGCACCUAACAUUGACUCACAGAGCAUUGCCUCACAGCUGUUUGCAUUCUCUUUGUUUCCUUACAUUGGUUUCUUGUACUUCAUUACCAAAUCCAAGACUGCUCCUAAGCUCACUCUCUUUGGUUUCUACUUCUUGCUUGCCUUUGUUGGGGCCACCAUCCCAGCAGGAAUUUAUGCAAAGGUGCAUUAUGGUACUUCCUUGUCUAAUGUGGAUUGGUUGCAUGGAGGAGCUGAGUCACUUCUCACCCUAACCAACUUAUUCAUUGUCUUGGGGCUAAGACAAGCUAUUAGGAAUGAAAAUGCCCCCGAAAAAAGUUCAUCAGAUCCUGUUUCAGAAAUCGAAGAGGAAAAGAAACCUUCUGUCUAGAUGGAUGUUCGAAUGGUCCAUAUUUAUGCAGUCCUUGUUACUUAUGCUCUGCUUCUGGUCAGCCACAAGUACCUGUGCAUUAAGGCUUCAUUCCAGCCGAGUGCUGGAGAUACUGGUUCAUUGUCAAAACUGUUACAAGGAAUCAUAAGUAUUCAGCUUAGCGUUUUGUACAUCGUGUAUUUUUCUUGUAAGGAACCGUCUUGAUCUGUGGUCCAUUUUCUUUUGGAAUCUUCAUCAGUUGGGUGAUUUCCUAUGAAUGACAGAAUGUAUUUGUGAGCUAUCAUGUAAAAUAGACAUAUAAUAGGUUCGCAUGCAAACAAGAGUGGUUUGUACA